AGGGCACCAGGACCCAGAAUCACUGGUGCUGCUGCCUGUGGGGAAAUUUGCCUCCUUUUGACCAGGCCUGGCUGUUGCUCAGCUUUCCCUGAACCCAAACCGGCCUGACCAGCUCCGGCAAGUCUUUCUUCCACCUCUUCUGUCUUUUGACUCAGACACAUACAAGGGCGGUUGGAACCAAGCCGGGCCCUGCCAGGUUGGGAAGAUUUUUAAGAUUUUUAAAAGAUGCCUCCUCUUUGACAUUGUUCUUUGGGAGCUGUGGAGAGGUCCGAGCAAGACGGAAGACCCCCUCGAAGGGACACCCAUAAGCUCCAUCCACUCCCAACUGCAAUAACUGGGACUCACCCCUGGAACAGACAGACAGUUCUCUUUCUGAUAUUGCCUGCUACAAAGAGGGAAAAUGGCAGAGAGCUCCCUGUUUGCGCAGCGCCUGCAAGCCAUUAUGGAGCGGCGCAGGCUGCAGGAGCGGAUCUUGGCCACCCGCCGGGAGCUGGAAGAAGAGAGACUCCGAGCCCAGCGCCUCAAGAGGAAAUCCUUGCGUGAUCGGUGGCUGAUGGAGGGGAUGUCCGCACCCACUGAUGACGGCGAACACGUGUCUUCAGUUUGGGAGGCACAGACUCGCAUCCAAGAAUUAGAAGACGAUCUAUCCAGUCUCCAAUCUCAGAUGGAGCAGCUGGACAGCCCAGAGCAUCAGCUAGGACACCAGCAGCCAGAAGAGUCUGCAAGAGCAAUGAAAGAGACAAAGCAGUCAUUGCUGGAUGGCACGGCAGAGGUUCCUCUGAUAUCUUCGUCUUCUCCUCAAGGGAGAAGUAGCCCUGAGUCCAGACUUGAGUUGGCUCCUGUCCCACCUGAAAGACUUGAGAAGGAAGCAGCCAAAGAGAAACUGCAAAAUGGAGACAUGUCAGGAGAUGAUGUGUUUGGCGGUGAAUGCAGCCCUGAACAGGUGAACGACAAAGUCAGUCCUGUGGUUGCUGAAAGUGGGGAUCUCCAGUUUCAUCAGGACAAUUCUGAAGUGUCUCCUGCCACAAAGCCACCCCUGCAGAGCCCAAAUCCCGCUGAAGCCGCUCCCAGUCACCACAGGAAGCUGGCUGUCGAGGAGAUGGUGAUCCGUGACCAUUUGGGCCAGGAAGUGGGAAGCAUGGAUGCUGUUGGGCAGAAGCAGAGCUCCAUCGUGAAGGAAGAAGAGACCGAGGAGCCUGCUCCUUUGAGGAACGGCUGUGAAGAGGGGAGUGAGCCGGCCCCCCUUUGCAGUGACUUAGGUCAAGAAACGUCCCCAACUGCUUUAGGAAGCCAACUGGAUGGCGAGCUUGGCAGCCGUGAAGGCCCAGAGGGAGAGUCUCCCACAUCACAGGAUGAACAUCAGCAGAGUCCCUCCAACCAGGUCCAGGAUGUGAGCAGCUGUCUUGAUUCUUCUAUGCAGCAGGCGGAUGGAGAACUGGGCAAAGAGACAGCUCUGAUGGGAGCAGGGCAGACAGAGCUGCCAGGGCAGAGUGUCAGUGAAGUGGAGCCUACCCAAGAUCCAGCAGUUAGUGAUGCUGUGGCAGCAAAUUCAGUAACAUCAGGACAGUCAACUCAAGAAAACAAGAAGGAGCCACAAGCAUCCCAUGAAGCAGAGAUCUCAGUGCUGGGGCAAAAAGCAGAGCCACUGUUUCCAGACCAGACCUCUCCUGUUCCUGAAGCCUCUUCAGAAGAGGACAAGUUGUCAUCAUCUCCAGCAGAACAGGUUGCACUUGAUGCUCAGAAUCUAAUCCCUUCUCUGCAAGACACAAAGGGAUCCCUUCUAGAUCAGAUCCCUUCUUCUCUUCAGGAAAUGGAGAGUCCCCUCCUGGAGCCUGUGGUUUUGUCACAGCCGAAUCAGAGUCCAUCAGUUCUUUUGAACCAGGGUGGUCCUCCUUUGCAAGAAACUGAGGGACCUCUUCUGGCUCAGAUUGUCUCUUCAGAGCAGGAACCUGUUUUAGAUCCAAACCCACCAUCUCUGCAGGACUCUUUCCCCUCUUUUUCAGAACAGAAAGCGCUUUCAUCGCAGGGUGUGGCCAUUGCUUUGCAGGAAGCUAAACACUCCUCGUUGGACCAGGUCCCAUCCCCUGUGCACGAAACUAAUGGAGCCUGUCUGGAUCAGAUCCCAACCUCUUUACAAAGCACUCCUUUGCCAGAUCAGAUGCUAUCACCUCCUUCAGACCAGCUCGCAUCUCUGUCAGAUGACAUUCCCUCCACUUUGCAUGAAAAAGAGAGAUCUUCCCAGAUAUCAUCAACUCUUGAAAAUCAAGAAUCGUUUGUGAUGGAGGUUAGGGAUUCAUUUCCAGACAUCACCUCCUCACUGCCUAAUCCACUUUCUUCUCUGCCUGAUGAGGUCAGUCCCCUUCAAGAUGCUCAAGAGCUGACUUUGAAAGAGAUUCAGAUAGAACUGGAGCACCAAACAACAACCGCACCAGAGACUCAGAUUUCUUCUUUGCCAGAGGCUGACAAUAUUCUUCAAGGCCAAGCCCCAUCUUCUGUGGGUGGCGAUGAGCAUCUGGUUCCCAUGGAGACUCCAGUCUCUGGACCAGAGCAGAUCCUGCAGGUUCAAACAUGGCCAUUUGUGGAGGGACAGACCCUUUCUUCUCUGCCAGAGGUUGGGAGGUCUUCUACAGAGGAAUCUCAGGAGCCCCUGCCCAGUCAAACCUUACCCAGUCUCCCUGAAGCCAGAAAGUCACUUCCCGGUGAGGCCCAAAUAGUGUUGGAGGAGCUGGUGCCAACCUCUGCUCAAGACCAACCUUCUUCUCUUGCGGAGGUAGCAAAGACCGUGUCAUCUGAUGUGGAAAAAAUACCUGCACUGCCUGACCAGACCCCAUCCCCCAAGCAAGGCCCAAAUGCAACACUGCAGGAUAUAGCAAACGUUCCUGAUGUUUUGCUCUCAUCCAGCCAAGAGCAUGCCCAAUCCAUUUUGAGCAAGACUGCCCCCAUGGCAAACCAGGAAGUGAAAGGAGGUGGAGAUGCCAACCUGUCCUCAACAACAGCAGAAGAGAUGCCAGAAGUCCUGGGAGAUCUCCAUGCUGAGCAGCAGCCCCUGCUGAAUGCAACAAAUGCCUCGGUAGCCCCUCCAGAAAUGUCUCUAGGAGACCCACAACUGUCCAAGACAGGGAUCCUAAAGCCCCAGGCAGCCCUGAACCAGGAGACCCCAACCUACACCACCGCCUCUGCCAACACUGCCUCAUCCCGCCAGCUCCAGCCCACUGGGUCCCGCCAAGAGGAAGGCGAAGACCAGAGCCAGAGCAGGCGCAAGCAGAAAUCAUGCCAGUGUUGUUCGGUCAUGUAGGCCCCGGGCACUUUUGCCCAGCUGAGAUGCCCUCCAUUCCUCUCUCCCUCAGGAAUAGGAGUUGUUGAUCUGGUCCCAGCGGCAGGCUCUGGAACUGGUAAUUUGCCCUGCCAGUAGUCUAGUGUAGGCAGAACAUAUACACACACAUGAGCACACACAACACACAAACCCCACACCCUUUGGUUCUUUGGAGCAACAGAGUUGCUGUUUUGGAGCUGGCCCCUGGAGGGUUUGUCAGGUCACAGACAGCGCAGUGGAUAUGUCUCUUCCCCUCCCUCCUUCCACUACACAGCUUAUCCACCCCUGCUUUUCGGGAGGUGGUGAUGGGGAGAUUCAGCAAUGCCAUGCCCUCACUUUUGGAGAGGUUCCGGCAUGUUUUGGUGUGUCCAUAUUCAUGCAUGCGCACUUGCACAUGGGUAUUCUCACACACAUGCCACAGCACCCUAUCAUUGUGGGCCUAUUUUUUUUCCACAAACUGAAUCCUGGGACCUCAGCACCCAAAUCCUUCAGGAGCAUGCCUUCCAUUCACUUUGGCAUGCAUGGAUUCUCAUUUGCACCUUCAGAAUGCACAUCUUUGUGCAGAGGUGUUGGAACAUUCAGUACAGAUACUAUACAGUCCUAUGUUUGCUCUCACAGGCUUGCACAGCAGCAUAUUUACUGUCACGUGCCAUUAUUCAAUUCCACGCUCCCACAUAACUUGUAGAUAAUUUUCACAGGGCUGGGCAUAAAGGCUAUACACAAUGCAUGCAGCAUUCUUGACAUCUCCACCCCUUUACAUGUGCUUGAAUCCCUUGGUCAACUUGGCAUGACUUCCCAAAGCAGUCUAGGCACUUUCCAGAUUUGGAGCACCACCUUAUUUCUGCACCUCUGCUGAGAUGGUCCAGUUGCGUACGAUGGAUCUGGAUCAGCACUAUGACACCGCGGGCAAAAGAGGGCUCCUUGCCAGUCGGCGGUGCACUGGAAGAGACUUUGGACCAGGCGCUGCUGGAGCCCUCCCUCCUGAAUAGAGCCUCCCAGCCAAGACCCCCUCUGGGGCAGACAGACUUUUCUCCCUCACAAUGCCAGAGGGAGACAUCUUUUCCUGACUGUGAUCCUUCCAUUCCUCUAACAACCACUGGGCCGCUGCUCUGCCUGUCAGGGCGCAAAGACCCCCAGCCCUCUACCUCCCUUUCCCAUGACUGUUUAUUCUAUGCACUUUGUUUGAAUUAUAAUUAGUAUCUAACCUUGUUUAGGGCCCCCACCAAAGCCAGUAAGAGCCUUUUACAUGUCAAUUCCUGGGCAGUUACAGAGAGAUUCUCAAUUAAAGUCAGAUGCAAUGACAAAA